AUGGCUGCUACCGAAGAGGCUCAAUCUGUCGGGAAAAAAAUCCUAUCGAUAGUCAAUUUUGUCAAUCAUGUCAUCGUGCUUUCGGUGACAGGAUAUAUCCUUUAUCUCGCUGGAUGGGAAUUAAAUGUGACUAGUGUCCACGCUGGACUCUGCACUGUUGGAUACGUUCUCCUAAUGUCCGAGGGCUUGAUGGUGCUAACAUCGGAGAGCCCCUUAUCACGUCAAUUAAAAAGCUACAAGACAAGAAGUCACGUACACUGGUGCCUUCAAAUACUGGGUGCAUCGUUCAGCAUUGCCGGCACCUCAAUCCUCUAUCUGACAAAAAAAACCCACUUCAGAUCUGUCCACGGUAUCUUGGGUAUAACUUCUGUCGCUAUAAUGAUUUUCCUUGGCAUUUCCGGAGCAUCUGUUUUUUAUGCGUACCAACUGCGGAAGAUUUUAAAGCCCGUUGGUACUAAAGCUAUGCACAAUUUUCUCGGUAUUGCUUGUUUUAUUAUCGGCAUUGUAUGCCAGUGCUAUGGAUACGGCAAGAAAUGGAUGACUAAAAAAUGUGGCCAAGAUAUUGCUACACUUUGCAUUGUAUUAACUGCUAUCUCUACUUUAAUAUGUCUGUAUCGACCCUUUGUGUCGCUGUAUCGACAAGUCUCAACGCUCCUCCCGCGGGGCUAAAUUUCUUCUGGUGUGAACAGUCAAAAAACAGAAAUUUCAUUACCUUAAGGGUUGUCCCGAGACGAUGCCAGCCAAAAGUCAUUUUUAUUGAGAUGUUCCUUGCUGGGAACAAGUAUUGUACACUCGAACCAAUU